AUGUUGGUGUAUACUAUCGAGAGAUUGGAUGAGAGUAAGCAGCACAGCUUAAAGGCGACCACUCUAUUGGCGGCCGAAGACCAGAACGUUUUGGUUGAGGAGUUGGCCACUCAGUCACUGAAUGCGGGACAAGUGGUCUCACUUAAUGACUACGAGAAGGCGGUCGACUCGAUCACCGUUCAGGACAUCACUGGUUUGGCCAAUAAGAUCGUCAAAUCUAAGGGCGCGAUGGCUAGUGUGGGCAAAUUGCAAAACGCCCCCUAUUUGGAAGAUUUGCUUUAAUCUUUUUAAUGUGUCGUAAAUUGUUAUUAUUAUUAUAGAAUUAGUUGUAAAUAAUUAAAAUUAUUUGAAUUUUAAAAUUAAAGAAAUGUCAUAGAA